GGCUGAGGCUCCUUCGGAGGACGGUGGCGGCGCCUGGCGGGGAGGCCGUGCCUGCCCGGGAGUUGCCGGGGGACCGCAGGAGCUCGGGCCAGCGGCGGCGGCUGCCUGGGACGCAGGCGAAGCCCCGCGCCGGUCCCAGGUCCCAGAGGCUAUGGCAGCGGCUACCAUCGUGCACGACACGUCUGAGGCCGUGGAGCUGUGCCCCGCGUACGGCUUGUUCCUGAAGCCCAUCACCAAGAUGACCAUCAGCGUGGCGCUGCCGCAGCUGAAGCAGCCGGGGAAGUCCAUCUCCAACUGGGAGGUGAUGGAGAGGCUGAAGGCCAUGGUGCACAACCACCAGUUCUCCACGCUGCGCAUCUCCAAGAGCACCAUGGACUUCAUCCGUUUCGAGGGCGAGGUGGAGAACAAGAGCCUGGUCAAGUCCUUCCUGGCCUGCCUGGAUGGCAAGACCAUCAAGCUCAGCGGCUUCUCCGACAUCCUGAAGGUGCGCGCGGCCGAGUUCAAGAUCGACUUCCCCACGCGGCACGACUGGGACUCCUUCUUCCGCGACGCCAAGGACAUGAACGAGACUCUGCCGGGCGAGAGGCCAGACACCAUCCACCUGGAGGGGCUGCCGUGCAAGUGGUUCGCCCUGAAGGAGUCGGGCUCCGAGAAGCCCAGCGAGGAGGUUCUGGUGAAGGUGUUCGCCAGGUUCGGGGAGAUCCGGAACGUGGACAUCCCCAUGCUGGAUCCGUACCGCGAGGAGAUGACGGGCCGCAACUUCCACACCUUUAGCUUCGGGGGGCACCUGAACUUUGAGGCCUACGUGCAGUACCGCGAGUACGCGGGUUUCAUCCAGGCCAUGAGUGCCCUUCGUGGCAUGAAGCUCAUGUACAAGGGCGAGGACGGCAAGGCCGUGGCCUGCAACAUCAAGGUUUCUUUUGAUUCCACCAAACACCUGAGUGAUGCGUCAAUUAAGAAGCGGCAGCUGGAGCGGCAGAAGCUUCAGGAACUGGAGCAGCAGAGAGAAGAGCAGAAGCGCAGAGAGAAGGAAGCGGAGGAGAGGCAGCGAGCGGAGGAAAGGAAACAGAAGGAGCUGGAAGAGCUGGAGCGAGAGAGGAAAAGGGAAGAGAAGCUGCGUAAGAGGGAGCAGAAGCAGCGGGAGCGUGAGCUGCGCCGCAGCCAGAAGAGGCUGGAGAAGCUGCAGGCGGAGGAGCAGAAGCAGCUGCAGGAGAAGAUCAGGCUGGAGGAACGCAAGCUGCUUCUGGCCCAGAGGAACCUGCAGUCCAUCCGGCUCGUUGCCGAGCUGCUCAGCAGAGCCAAGGCGGUGAAGCUCCAGCAGCAGGAGCGGAAGGAGGAGAAGCUGCGGCUGCAGCAGCAAGAGGAGCGGCGGCGGCUGCAGGAGGCGGAGCUGCGGCGCGUGGAGGAGGAGAAGGAGCGCGCGCUGGGGCUGCAGCGGAAGGAGCGGGAGCUGCGCGAGCGGCUGCUGAGCAUCCUGCUGAGCAAGAAGCCGGACGAUGCCCACGCGCACGACGAGCUGCUGCAGCCCGUGCUGGACAUCCUGCACACCGUGUCCUCCGGUUGUGUGGGCCCCGCCACGCCGCACCCCCUCGCGGGCCAGCCCCCGGCCGGCGCCCCCAGGGAGACACUGACCCUCGUGGAGGCUGAUGGCGCUCCCAAAAGCGUGAACGGGAGCGUGGCCGAGGAUGCCCCGGGCAACGAGGGUCAGAGCGCUUGUUGCAUGGCCCCCGAGGAUGGAUCCCCGGAGAAGAGGUGCCCUGGCGUCCUCUCCUGCAUCCCCGACAACAACCAGCAGCCCAAGGGCCUCCCCGCCUGCGAGCAGAACGUCUCCAAAAAAGACUCCUGUUCGGAACAGGACAAGUGCAACCGAGAGCCCAGCAAGGGCCGGGGCCGGGCCGGCGGAGACACGCUCGUCGAGCGGCACAAGCGUGACAGGAGCCGCGCCAGCCGGGAGGACGGGAGGCCGCGCAAGGAGCGGCGGACCCACAAGAAGCACGUGCACAAGGACGGCAGCCCCCGCCGGCGCAGCGACAGUGCCGACCAUGCGCGUACCCGCAGGUCCCACAGCAAAGACAGGCACCGCCGGGAGCGCAGCCGGGAGCGCAGGGGCAGCACCAGCAGGAAGCGCAGCCGCCACCGCCGCAGGAGCGAGCGCUCGCGCUCCCGGUCCCCGAGCAGGCACCGUAGUGCCUGGAACAGGUAAUGAAGGCCCAUGGCCUCCGCACGGCCUGUCCCGCGGAAAGACAGGAGCAGCUCCAGCGCCCUGGCUCCUCCUCCUCCUCCUCCUCCUCCUCCUCCACUCUCCGUCCAGCCCUGCAAAGCCAAGACCUUUCUGCAGCCACGAAUGUCCAAGAAGCCCGCCGGCAAGAAGGAUGACGCCAUUGAGCGCUCAUCUUCCUCCACCGCCGCAAGCUUGGCGCUUCGGUUCUGCACACCCGCCCUUAAGAACUCGAUCCGAUAGCUUUAACACGGCCAGUCCUCGCUGUCAGGAAAACCACGCAUACCUGCUGUUGUGAGGAUGGCAGAGCUGCUGUGUUCCCCGCACACGUGAGGUUUCUGCGGUAGCUCGGCGACCUGCCGCCGCGCACAGCUGAGGAUGUGCAGGCGACACAGGAGGCAGCGGAGAGUCGCCAAAGGACUGGAGCAGCAGAUACCGGGCACCGAAAAGAGGCCUCACCCUGGUGAUUUACCCCUGAUUGUAAUUUUGACUGUCUGAGAAGUGCAGUUUGCGUGGGGUGCCGAAAUGUGGUACCAUCACAUUGAGUCAGGGAUGAGGAAGGCGCAGGUCCUUCAAGAUCAAACUCAGGCGCUGCUCCUUCUAAGGUGUCGGAGGGGGCAGUGCUGCCCACGGUCUGAUGCUCCUUAACAUCAGACACAUGCACUUUUUACAACUUGAAGGAAUUUAGCAGAAAACAGGUUGGUUCGAAGCUUUGGUUUCUAGUAAAGGUUAGUGUGCGUGUGUGUUUUUUUAAGAAGCUGUUUGGCUUAAUUAUUUUUACUGGAAUGUUUCACACAGAUUUAAGGCUGCAAACUUGUAAAGUUUUACAAUCAGCUCCUCAAAGCCAGGCUCAGAAACACUUAAACACAUCUGUAACGUUCGCGGUCGGAAAGAUGGUGUUUAUUCCAAUUUGCAUUUUUAUGGUGAAGUAAAAUCUUUUUCCAGUGAGCUAAAGUUA